AUGGCUGAUAUAAUUGAGAAUUUAGAAGACGAUAGGGAUACAAUAUCAUCAGAAGAAAUAGAGAAGCAAUUUAACAAGAAAUAUAAUUUACUUGCAGAAACCGCUGUUACCUUGCGACAAUCUUAUAUUAACAAGCUCGACGUUAACCAGUUUUUAAAAAUUGCGAUAAGUCUCGACGACAAUUCAUUAGAAGUGUACGAAUUAAAUAAUAGCUCAUUUCAAUCAAUAUGUAGGCUGGAAGGACACGACAAGAAAGUGACCGAAGUAGUUUUCCAUCCGAAAAAUGAGUUUCUAUUGUUUUCUACCAGCCACGACGGUUCUAUUAAGCUUUGGGAUAUUCGGAUAAAGGGCACUUGUGUAAAAGAAUUUAAGGGAGAAGAAGAUUCUCCAAUCAGACCGUACGAAUGCAUGGACGUAGCUGACACAGGAAAUAUAUUCUGCAGUGGCAGCCAACUAGUAGAAGAUGAAUCUUAUCUUGUAUUUUGGGAUCCACGUUUAACUAAUUCUCUUGGUGCAUAUUGGGAAAGCCACACUGAGGAUAUCACGCAAGUUAAGUUUAAACCCAACACAAACUCUAUCUUAGCGUCUGGGGCUGGCGAUGGCCUGAUCAACAUAUUCAACCUGCAGGAAGAAGAUGAAGAUAGUGCUCUAGAUUAUUCUCUAAAUAUAGGCAACUCAGUGGAAAAAUUGCACUGGCUGAGCAAUGAAGAGCUCAGUUGCAUUACUCAGUCCAAUGACAUGCAAAUAUGGGAAGCAUCUACUGGAGAUUUGGUAAAGGAAUACAGCCGAGAUAAGAUUGCGAGAAAUAUUAAGAGGAGCAGAGAUGACGACUGUUAUGUCGUGGACACAUUCCUUUUGGCUGAUGGCACUAAAUGUGUACUUACCGGUUCAUAUGGUGGAAAUGGUAACACUCUGAGAUCUCUGAGCAUAUCAGGGAAACGACUGAUCCCCUGCACCGACUUCGUCGGCAACAGGCAAGUGGUCCGAUGCUGUCGCUACGAUACACACAAAAACAUCCUUAUAACAAGUGGCGAGUCCGGUCUUAUAAGCGCGUGGAGUGCGCAAGACACGGGUUGCAUGGACACGCCUGUAGAUGGAAAAGAUAGUAAAGUACGCGCUCUCAGGCAUAGACCCUACUAA